AUGUCUAUAACAACUUGCCAGAAGGUUACUCUUAUAUCAUGCUCUGUUCUCUGUGUUUCUCUUUUCUUGCCCAGAAUGCUUUUACCCAGAGGAAAAAAGGAGAUGGAGCAGCCUGAGGUUGGACCCGGGUUCUACCCCUCUGGGAUGCAUCAGCUGUCAGUACCAGAGGACUCAGAACGGUGGGGCGUAGACCCUUCAUACACCAUGACACACAGUGCAGAGGCCAUGGCCAAAAUAAAAGUCAUCGGACGAGGCAAGAAAUACAACCUGAUGGCUCAAGUGAUACCCAUAUAUGGCUUCGGGAUCCUUCUUUACAUCCUCUAUAUCAUCUACAAGCUGACAUGUAAGGGGAAGACUACUAAAUCAGGAAACUACACUCCGGUAACCAUGGCUAAUAUGGAGGAAGAGAUUACAACAGAUAAUGAGCUUGCCAGGCUUCAGGAGAGACUAGUGCAGACAGAAAAGAUGAUGGAGAGGAUUGUCUCAGCAAAAGGCCGUGGUUCUGGGAGUGGCAGAAGGAGGAAGAGUAAAACGUCGACAUCAAAGAAGGAGGAGAAAUUACUCAGGCAACUUCGACAGAUCACACAAUUGAUGCAAGAGGGCCGGCUGGAGGCAGCCUCCCCAGAGAUGGAGGCCGAGGAGGUCCCCUAUGGUGCAGACUGGGAAGGCUACCCAGAAGAGACCUACCCAGAAUAUGAUGAUCCCUAUGACAGCCGAGGAUUUGACACCAUUAUGCUGGAGGAGCACAGCAGCCAGCCCACUGCUGAGGCCCUGGCAGAGAGGAUGUUGCAAGAGGAGGAAGAGAUCAUGGCAAGAAAGCUGUCUGUAGUGCAAGAGGAGGAUGAGGAUGAAGAGGAAGAGGAGGAGGAAGAAGAUGGAGAGGAAGAGGAGGAGGAAGAUGAGGACGAAGAGGAAGAAGUGGUGGAAGCAGGGCAAGACAUAGAAGUGGUGGAGGAGGAGGAGGAGGAGGAAGAAGAAGAGGAGGCAGAGAAAAAGCAGUUGCUCAGUCCUCGUUUAUCCCGGCCUGCGGCAGAGAGGGAGCAGGAGAGACUUGGACUGGAGGUGAGCAGAGAGCUACAGAAUGGAGGGAAGAAGCAAAUAAGCUUCAGUGACCGCAAAGAUGUGUUCCACUACCCAAAAGAGGAAACUUACGAGGAGGAAGAGGGAGAGGAGAAGGAAGACGAGGUGGAGGAAGAGGACGAGGGGACAGAGGUAGAGGAAGAAGAGGAAGCUGAUGAAGAUGACCCAGUGAUGGAGGCAGAGAGCCUGCUGUUCAGCUGCGAAGGUGGCUCAAACCCGGAGGAAGAAGCAGAGGAGGAUAAGGGAGAAUAUGUGUUAAUGUCAGCGAUGGUGGAGGAUGACGGUUGUCUGAACGCUGACAUGCCUAAAGAAGUCGGGGUGAGUGGGCUGAGGAUGCGGAACAGAAGGGAGACGUAAAGGACUUUUCCUUUACAUAAAAUGAGUUUUUAAACAUACAGUGAAUUCAAUGUCCCUCACCUCGUACAUUCUUAAUUACUCAUCCCUUAUCUGUGAAAAAUAUUGAACACAAGCUAAAUAGAGAUACACCGUAGUAAGAACUUCUUCCAGGAGGGUUUUGAUACAGUGUCCACAAGCAGACAAACAAAAAGUGAAAAAGUUUCAGUUUCAGUUUCCAGAAACUCAGGCUUGAGCAGCUUUAAGCAGUUAAAAUUCAGAGGACUCCCCACAUGUCCUUUUUCUACCAAAACAGAUUUGGAACAUCAAUUGUUAUUUUACUUCACAGUCAGUGACAUAGACUGUUCGGACUGUUCUUAGUUUAAACGGUCCUGCACAUAGACGCCCCGUUCCCCCACUUGUUCUCCUAUGACAAGUUAGAAUGUAAGAAAUGUCUAUUGUAAUUAUUGUUUCUGACAUUUGUAAGGAACAUAACAUUGUCGUUUCAAAAUUAUUUUUAUUAUACAUACCUGUAUAUCCGAUUACAAGUACACUGUAAAUAGCACUUUAAAUUUUAAGUUUACCGUGACAGCUGUUACAACAUCCUUAACAUCUGUCUCUUAACAUGAGCUGGGUUUUGUGAAUGUGUAUUAGUGUGUGUUAGUGUUAAACACAAUAAAAUGUCUAAGGCUAGCACCUUUUCUGGUUGUGACUCACAAAGCAACAACUGAGUCUGAAGCUGAAUCUCAGAGGAAUAGAGAUAUUGAUGAGUGGAUAUAAUGGUGAGAUCAAGCAGCAGCAAUCCCCACGGUCAGAGCUCUCUCUCUCUGAUCAUACAAAAAUGCAAAGCAGAAAACGGCACCAGCAAAAGACAGACAGGAAAGAAAAAAAGACAACCGAUCAUGAGAAACACAGCUUUAGUCAGUCACAACAGGUUUCAGUAUCUGUCUGUAUCCAAAGCUUGAUUGUCCCAAAUAUCCCUGUUAUGUUGGAACUGUUAUUUAGGAAGGCUACUAUAGCAUUAAAUAAUGGCACCACUCCUCAACAAUUAGCUUGUAUACACGGUUGUAGGCAAACCAGCAACUCCAUAGUAUUGUACUGUUACAGCCAUGCAAACAUUUUUGUUCAUUGUUGUAAAAAAAAAAAAAAAUUCCAGUUGGCAUUGCUCCUCAACCUCUAAUAAAACAUUACCAUGUUCAUCUUAUGUUCUUCUACUUCUUUCAUGCAUCAUUUAGGCGUUGACUCACCCCUGUAAAGACUAUCAAUACAUCUUGCUAGUAGAUUUCAGCUUUGCUGUGAAUGUUGCAUUUACUGGUCCAACAAGAAGCAUAAGUACAGCAUGGCUCAGAACAAGGCGAUUAAUAACAAUUUUCUGGGACUGGAAGAGAUGGUAUCUUUACUGUUGCCUUGUAUUAAAAGAGGCUGCAUUAAAUUCAUAAACAUGAAAUUCAUAAGAAUACAGGAGCUUUGGGUUUGAUUGUUUUUCUUUUGUUUUGUUUAUCUGAGAGUACAGGACACAUGUUUUGACUUACUGAAGUUUUAUUUUUUUUCCCAUGAUCAAAGGACUCUGUCUAUACCACCACAGUAAAUUGUACACCAUUAACUGUACAUUACAACGAGAGCACUAAAAACAGAAAGUGAGAAGACGUUUGGUGCCUGGACACAUGUAUGAAAAGCAGACUUUACAGCAAGAGUAUCAACAAUUUUAAAAUAGAAAUUUAAAAUAGUUAGAACACAACUGAGUACAAGAAUAGCACAUUUGAUAAAGAUUUCCUCAUAACCCACAGUAACAAUAGCGGUAUCAGAGAUUGUUCUUUGCCUUCAUUCAGCAUUUUUUCAAUGGUCAUAAAAUACAAAAUACUAUCAUAUAUUUGAGAAAGGAUACUGCCCCAUAAAGAGCAAGAGGAAUAAUAGUUUUGAGUAAAAAUAUGAACAGCAAUAAACCAUGUGAUAUAGAAACUUACUGCCAGUCAGAUGAGGAAUGUACCAAACUCCACAUCAGUGGCGCGUAAAAUUAAUCAAACACGUAAAGAGCAAGAGAUGAAAUAUGUGUUAGCUGUGGCAGAUUCACACUUUCACUGUGUGUUUGUUGGCAGUAAGUCAAUCCGUGUUGAGUUUGUUUCUUCCAGGUAGGAAAACGUCAUAAGAUAUGAGCACAACCAUAAGCCUGAGUGCCUUGGAUAUUAUAUCUGCUGCCUGAUUUACAGUACAAUGUAAAUAAUUAUUCCCCUCUGUAGUGUAAUGUGUGGAGGACCCUAAAGGUUACUUAAAUGUUCAUGGACAAUCACUAAAAUGAUGUCCAGUGAUGUGCACUUUGGAUUAUUAUCUUCUGGAGGUGUUGCAACCCCAGCUAUUUAAUCAAUCUAAAUGAACUUUGCAAUAGACAACUUAAUUCAAAGUAGCUACAGAGAAAUAUUUCCAGUGCAUGUGAGGACAGCAAGAACAGCAAAGACCAGUUCAAGCUCAGCUCAUUUGACAGCCAAAGCGUAGCACUGGAAUUAGUCUUCAAAGGCACAAUAAAGUAUGUACAGCUAUAUCUCAUCCACUAACAGACUUCAAAGUAAAGUGCACCAUCAUCCUGUACAUUCACAUACAUGACACUGUGACACAAUAUUGUAUAUGGUACACAGCACAGUGUAACAUGCCUUUGCCCUGUUCGUGUCCAAGUCGCUAAUUGUUUCGUGUGGAUACAAGAGAUUUUCCUUCUUGUGAUGCUAAUUUAUGUGCUUGCAGCUCAGUGGA